AUGCCACCCCCCACUUCUGCUGAUUCCUGGCUAGCUGCUCGGAGGUUUGGAAUAGUCAUUGACGCUGGAUCGUCAGGUUCCAGGCUCCAAAUUUACAGCUGGAAAGACCCCUCCGUCGUUCUCAAAGAGCAUGGAGAUGAUGUCCGCCGUACACUGCCAAAGGUCGACAAAGGUGUCAAGGAAGGAGAAGAAUGGAUAACAAAGGUCGAACCAGGCAUUAUCGCUGUUAUCUUAGGCCUCUCAUCUUUCGCAGACAACCCCGACGGCGUUGCAUCCUAUCUCGCGCCUCUACUUGAACAUGCGCGCUCGCAUAUACCCCCCUCUUUAGAGUCAGAGACACCACUGUUCUUACUCGCGACGGCAGGAAUGCGUUUACUGACGCCCAUACAGCAAGCGCGCAUAAUUCACUCAGCAUGUCAUUACCUCAAGGCAUCAUCUAGUUUUCGCAUAGAUGACUCCUCCCCAGACGGACCCUGUGGCUCGAGUGUACAAAUCAUCACAGGUGAAGAGGAGGGAUUAUAUGGCUGGAUAGCCGUGAAUUAUCUUAUGGAUGGAUUUAAUGGCCAGAACGAGAACCGAACAACAUACGGAUUCCUGGAUAUGGGCGGAGCGUCGACUCAGAUUGCCUUUGAGCCCAGCCCAGAAAGUCGAGACAACUCUCAUAACCUGGUCGACGUGCGCCUUCGUCUCCUUGGAGGUGAAGAAAUAAAGCACCAAGUUUUUGUGACUACCUGGUUAGGAUACGGAACCAACCAGGCUCGGGAGCGGUACAUCGCUGCAGCGAUUAAAGAAUACGAGCAGAAUCGUCUCGACAGUUCAUCGUCUAUUGGUUCCUCUGAAAGGUUUUCUAUUGACGACCCAUGCCUCCCCAAGGACCUCGAACUCUUAGAAUAUCCGCUACAGCCAGAAGGUUCCUCUCAGUCGGUAACUCCUUACAAACUAGUCGGAACGGAUUUCUCGGUGUCGCAUUUCAUUGGCGUAUCGGAAUACUGGUACUCUUCAGAGCACGUUUUCGGACUAGGAGGACCAUACGAUUUCGUACAAUACGAACGCGCUGCAUCUGAUUUCUGUGGUCGUGAUUGGACAGGAAUAGUGAAACAGCAUGAGACAUCUCGACAACAGGGAAGGAUUGGAGGAGAUGGGGAGGUCAUGGAGGAUGGACAGGUUGUUAAUACGGGAAUAUGGGGCGACAAAGUAGAAAUAUCGCGGCUGGAGAUGCAAUGUUUCAAAGCAGCCUGGGUGGCUAACGUGUUACAUGAAGGAAUUGGCAUUCCACGCAUCGUAGACCCUGGUGGAAACACGACUACUGCUGGAGACAAAGUCGCACAACAGGCAGAGAGCAAAGGUCUCGGACGACCAGUUUUCCAGUCAGUUGACACUGUUGGUGACAUUGCUAUAAGCUGGACUCUGGGUAAAAUGGUUUUGGAAGCAAGUAAGGAAGUCCCUCCAGCGUCCAGGUUAGACAGACCCUUGGUGGACCCUGUAGAUGAUAUACCUGAAAGCCCUAAUCCACCCAUUAAGCCCAUCCGACCACCACUCCUCGAUUUGGACGCUAUUGAGGACCAUCUGUCACAACAUCUCCCUCCUUCAUUAUCACGUGAAUCACUAGGGUUCUCGCCUGUCGCCUUUCUGUUCUAUGUAGUCCUUCUGUUCGUCAUUUUCUGCAUGACUUAUCGCUUACGACAUUAUCUGCGGCUUAAUUUGCGACGUCUUAUUCGUGGGCCUUUCAAGAGAGACUACGAGGAGGUGUACUCGAUGGAGGAAGGUGGAAGAUCUACCCCGCCCUCUCCAACUUCGUGUUUGCCACCAACACUAACUCGAACCCUCCGACGUUUCUCGUUACUUUCUUCUGGUAAUCGCCCAAUACCUUCUCGUCCGCGUCUUGUUCCAAUAUCUACCGUGAGCCCCAAAGGCUCUUCUUGGAACACCCAUACUUCCCCUUACAACUCACCUACACACUCUACAUUCCACUACCAAGAUGGCGCAUCUACCACAACGUCCUCGCAGUACAUCUCCCGCUCCUCGUCCCCCACAGUCGGCUUUAACGACGACAACAUCCUGUCAAACAGCAUAUCUUCACUGACUUCUAUGACCACGCGCUCCCGCAACUCUUCGCAACUAAAUCUCACGACGCUCGUUCCACGCCAGACGCCUUUAUCGCGGGCGAAUAGCAUGCUUCAAAUUCCUCCUGGGGGAUCAUUCCGCGAUGAAUGAUUUGCGAUCUACACGAUAUGAUAAUUCUAGUUUCUUGCCUUUGCUUUCCUGACGAACAUUUUCAACAUUUUGUUUGCAAUGGCAGCGGACCCUGGUUUUUGCCUCGUAUGUACAUUUUCGAACCUUUUUUCCAUAGAAAAAAUUCCCAAGCUAUUCUACUUAUCGUGCAACGCAACUACUACUCUCC